AUGGCAGACGCUGCAGUUGAACUUCCUUAUCUAUCCACUCAUUAUACAAUCCCAGAAGCUACGCUCUCCACCCUGACGCAGGCCCCGACCGUGGAUCUUGUCAAUCAGCUGUUGGCAUCCAUCACCAAAAAGGCACAUGAGUACGAUGAACUUAAGUCCGACAAACUGCGCUUGGAUGUUGAGCUGGAGAAUGCGGUGCGCAGCAAUGAAUCAAAGAUCAAGGUUUUGAAAGGCACCGUGGAGAAGGGCCACAAGGAGGUCGAGGAUUUGAGGAAGAAACUAAACGAGUCAGGUAAGCUGGACCUUUGUGUUUGUGAUGAUAUAGACAUCUCCAUUCUGACGCGAUUAGAAACCGCUCGUUCUGCUCUGGAGUCAGAGAUUUCUACGCUCAAAUCAUCUUCCACGUCAAACGAGUCCGAAGCCACAUCCCUGAAGUCUCGCAUCUCGUCUCUCGAAGCCUCCAAUCGCGAUACGCUGGCUUUACUUGAGUCGAAGUCUGCUGCUCAUGAUAAAUUGGCCGAGGAGCUUUCGACGCAGCACAAGAAGACCAUCGAGCUGCGGCGAGAACUUUCCACCGCGGAACAGAAUCUUCAGAGUGCGAACUCGGCCUCUGCUAGCGCACGAUUCCGCGAGCAGAACCUUCAGCAAGAGCUUGACCUCACAAAGAAGAACAACGAAUGGUUUGAGACCGAGCUGAAGACCAAAUCCGCCGAGUACAUCAAGUUCCGCAAAGAAAAGAGUGCGCGGAUCUCCGAACUGCAACGCGAGAAUGAGGAGGCGAAUUCGACCAUCGACUCCCUGCGACGCAGCGAGAACUCUCUCAAGAGCCGUUUGGACGAAACGGAACACCGCUACGAAGAAUCCCUGGCCAGCAUCCAGCAACUGAAGGAAGAAGCAAUCCAGGCUGAUGAGUCUUCCCGAAUUGAGCGUGAUAGCCUCAAGCGACUUGCCGAGUUGCAUGGAUCUUCAGCGGAGACAGCCAAGAAGCGUGUGCAAGAAUGUCAAUUUGCGUUGGAGAAGGCCAAGGAUGAUGCAGCGGAGGAGAUCUCGCGCCUCCGUGUCGAAAUCGAGACCGAACACGCCGACAAGCAAGCAGCUGAGCGUCGUGUUGCCGAGCUUGAGAUAACCGUCAGCCAGCUCGAGUCUGAAGGACCCAGGCUUGGAUCUAUGAGCCCUGCUCGUUCGCUGAAUGGAGCAGGCCCCAGCACCCCAAUGCGGGCCGGAACUCCCGGCAGCACCUUCUCUCCUCGGGCCUCUCGUGGCAAGGGUAAUCUCACGUUGACCCAGAUGUACACAGAAUACGACAAGAUGCGCACUCAGCUUUCGAGAGAGCAGAAGAACAACCAAGAGCUUCAGUCGACGCUGGAUGAGAUGAUGCAAGAACUCGAAUCAAGCAAGCCUGAGAUCGACGAACUUCGCGCAGACCACUCCCGCCUUGAAAACGCGGUUGUGGAGAUGUCCAACAUUCUCGAAACGUCUGGUAAGGAACGUGAUGACGCGACCAAGGAAGCGAGAAAAUGGCAAGGUCAGGUUGAGGGUCUUGCCCGUGAAGGAGAUAUCCUACGCCAACAACUUCGGGAUCUGAGCGCCGAGGUUAAGGUUCUCGUUUUGGAGGUUGCCGUUGCGAAACAGGGCGAAGACUAUGACCGUGAGGAGCUGGAGAAGAUCGCCCGCAACGAGAUCGAAGAGUCCGCCGCCGACCUCAACCCAACUGGUCGCUUCAUCAGCCGAAACUUGACCACGUUCAAGGACCUCCACGAACUCCAGGAGCAAAAUGUUACUCUUCGGCGUAUGCUGAGGGAACUUGGGGACAGGAUGGAGGGCGAGGAAGCCCGUGCGAAGGAUGUCGUCCGCCAACAAGAGCACGAAGAGCUGAAGGAUCUGCGGAUCCGUGUGCAGACCUACCGCGACGAAAUUGCCAACUUGGUCGCCCAGACGAAGAGCUAUGUGAAGGAACGCGAUACCUUCCGUAGCAUGCUCACUCACCGACGCCAGCCUGUCGGAGACCCCUCCGUCUUCUCUCAAUCCGUCCCACUCGGCGCAGCUCCUCUGGGCGCCAGCACCAGCAGCCAGGCCAAUGAUGCUCCAGAUUACGCCGAGCUACUUCGAAAAGUCCAGGCUCAUUUCGAUAGUUUCCGUGAGGAGACCGCCACCGACCACAAAUCCUUACGGCAGCAGGUCAAUGAGCUCUCCCGAAAGAACAGCGAGUUGAUGAGCGAAAUCAGUCGGUAUAGCAGUCAACUUGCUACCGCUUCCCAACGCGCCGAGUUACACCAGAGCAACUUCAAUAUGCUUAAGACUGAGAACGGCGAACUCCAAAAGCGCUGUAACACGCUUUUUGAGCAAGCCAACCGACAAGACCUUCGGACACAGCAAGCGGCCGAGGAUCUCGUGGAGGCAAAGGGCCUGGCGGAGAGUCUCCAGCGGGAGAAUGCCAACCUGAAAGCGGAGAAGGAGCUGUGGAAAAACAUCGAGAAGCGGUUGAUCGAGGACACGGAAACCUUGCGGAACGAACGCAGCAGACUCGACUCCCUAAACGCCAACCUGCAGACUAUCUUGAACGAGCGAGAGCACUCGGAUGCUGAGAGUCGCCGCCGACUCCAAUCGAACGUCGAAUCACUGGAGUCUGAACUGCAAUCCACCAAGCGAAAACUAAAUGACGAGCUCGAGGAGUCGAAGAAGGCCACUCUUCGCCGAGAAUAUGAGCACGAGCAGAGCCAGAAACGCAUUGACGAUCUGGUUACCAGCCUGGGCGCCGUGCGCGAAGAAUUGGUCGCUUUGAAGACGACAAGAGACCACCUGCAGGCACGCAAUGACGAGCUGUCUGUUGGACUCCGAAGCGCCGAGGAACGCCUCCAAGUUCUUCAAACUCGUCCUAGUGUUGUUCCUGGCGCGACUGACGAUACCACUGUGGUCAUGCAGGAGGCUGGCGAGGGCGGUAGUCUGACCCGCGAGCAGGAGCUUGCCAUCGAAGUUUCCGAACUGAAACGUGACCUUGAACUGGCGAGGACUGAGCUCGAACACGCAAAGGAACGAGUCGAGGACUACCAGGCCAUCAGCCAGGCCACGGAAGAACGGCUGCAGUCGGUCACCGAAACUCAGGAUCAGUAUCGUGAAGAGACCGACCGUCUUGUUGAGGAGAAGGACAAAAAGAUCCAGGACCUCGAAACGCGGAUUGAAGAAAUCUCUUCGGAGUUGUCCAAUACCAACAACGAGGUGUCUAAGCUUCGUGAGGAGCAAGGUGACGCUACGCGCCGUCUCGAGGAGCAGAAGACCACCUUUGAGGCAGAUAUUGCUCGACUGAAGGACGACAAUGAACGACACGUCGCUGCUGCCCAGUUCCACCAGGAAGACCUGAAAGCCCAGGCCGAAAUCGCCCAACACGCACAACAAAACUACGAAAGUGAGCUUGUCAAGCAUGCCGAAGCAGCGAAGAACCUUCAGACAGUUCGUGCCGAAGCCAAUCAACUGAAGCUCGAUAUCGCCGAAGUGAGGUCCCAAGCCGAGACCUACAAGAGAGAUCUGGCCCAGAAGGAGGAGAGCUGGGUGGAGAUGAAGGCCAGAUACGAAAGCGAGCUUGCUGAGUUACAGAAACGCCGGGAGGAAGUCCUUCACCAGAACUCUCUUCUGCACUCGCAGCUGGAGAAUAUCAGCGCCCAGAUCUCUGCCUUGCAACGCGAUCGCGCCAAUGUCGCCGAAAAUGAGGAGCAGGAAGGAGAGCAGAUGGCACCAAACCUGGAGGGCCUCCAGGAGGUCAUCAAGUUCCUGCGUCGUGAGAAGGAGAUAGUUGAUGUUCAAUACCAUCUCUCGAUGCAGGAGAGCAAGCGUCUCCGCCAGCAACUUGACUACACUCAAUCUCAACUGGACGAAACGCGCCUCAAGCUUGAACAACAACGUCGUGCUGCUGCUGAUAGUGAGCACAAUACGCUCAACCACAACAAGCUUAUGGAGACGAUCAACGAGCUCAAUGUUUUCCGUGAGAGCAGCGUAACGCUUCGUAACCAACUCAGGCAGACCGAGACUGCGCUGGCGGAGAAGUCUGCUCGUGUCGAUGAACUUAACCACCAAAUUGAGCCUCUCGGUGCCAAGAUCCGGGAAUUGGAGAAUUUGUCCGAAACCAAGGAUGGCGAGAUGCAGUUGCUCCAAGCCGACCGCGAUCGUUACCAGCAGCGCAUACAAGACAUUCUCCAGAAAUACGACCGAGUGGAUCCGGCCGAGAUGGAAGAGUUGAAGCAGAAGCUCGCCACCCUCGAAAAGGAACGCGACGAAGCUGUGUCCGCACGGGAUACUCUACAAACCCAGGCCACCACGUUCCCCGAACAGCUCAAACAGGCCGAGGAUCAGAGGCAGGACCUGAAAGCAAAGCUCACCGAACAAUUCAAGGCGCGGUCGAAGGAUCUUACUGGGAAGGUCAACAGCAAGCAAAUGGAGUUGAAUGUGGCCUUGCAGGAGAAGGAGGUUAUCCAAGAGGAACUGAAGACUACGAAGGCAGAGCUGGAAGGGCUGAAGAGCAAAAUGGCCGAGACGCCAGCUCCGGCCGCCACUCCGGCCCCGGCUGCCGCACCGACUGCGGAUGCCACCGAAACCGAUACUGUCAACCCUACACCUGCGUCCCAGUUCCCGACUACAACGACCCAAGUUACCACCACUCCUGCUGAUGAGCAGAAGAUCAAGUCUCUGGAGGAGAAGAUCAAACGCCUGGAAGCAGCUCUUGCUGAAAAGGACGGUCUGCUGGCUGCGAAGGACGCCGAGCAGGCGGCCAAGAUCAAGGAACGCUCCGACAAGCUCAAGGAAAUGUUCAACAGCAAGCUGGCCGAAAUUCGGGCCGCCCACCGAGCCGAGAUUGAGAAGCUGUCUGCUGGUGGUAAACAGCCUGAUGCUCCGGAUACUCCGGCAGUGGGCGAUCAACAACAAGCAUCGGCGCCACCAACGCCGUCAAAGACCGUCGAGCUUCCCGAGUUGACCGACGCUCAGGCCAGAGAGCUUGUUCACAAGAACAAAACCAUUCAGACCAUCGUCCGCAACAACAUUAAGACCUUGAUCCACCAGCAAAGAGAGAAGGAGAAGCAGGAGGCCCAAGCCCAGGGAUCAUCUGCUGGGGACAACGGAGAAGCGAUGGCGGAGUUGGAGAAGAAGUACAACGAGGAGAAGGAGGCGCUCAAGAAGGCGUACGAAGAGGAACUGGGCGAGAAGAUCAAAUCUGCAGUUGAGCUGUCCGACAAGAAGUCACUUGCCCGGAUCAGCAUGCUCGACACUCGAUUCCGCACUUCUCAGGCCAAGAUCGAUGUGGUCCAAAAGGCUGCUACUGAGACUCCACAGAAGCCCGUGGUGGAAGUGUGGGAAGUGGCCAAGAUGGCCAAGCCCGCUCCUGCUGCCGCUCAAACACCAAAGCCAGCCGCGUCUCCCGCGCCGGCAGUCACACCACAGCCUCCUGCUGCACCCUCUCCUGCUCCGGCCCCCGAACAAACAGUGAAAGCACCCGAUGCGGAUGAAACCGCCGCCAAUGAUGAGGAGCAACAAGAAGGCGGCGAGGCCGUCGCUCCUGCGAAUCCAUUUGGCCAACUCCAACAAAAUCAGCAAGGCAAGCAGCAACCUACGUCUCUGCCCAGCAAACCACCAGCAGGCACCGCUCCGGGUAUGCUACGAGCUCUCCAAUCUGGAUUGCCGGUUGCGCGAGGCGGACGGGGUGGACGCGGUGGUGGCCAACAGAAUCCCUUCGGCCAUCAACAACAGCAAGUCGAUCAGCAACAGCAGCAACAAGGCCAGGCCCAGACUCAGCAGACUCAGCAGAGUCAGCGUGGCAGCGGUCUUCCACGUGGUCGUGGCGGCCGAGGCCAAGGCCGCGGUGGAAACCAGAACGCCAGUGCUGCGCAGACCCAACCGAGCCAGGGCCAAUCGAGUCCAACAGCAGCUCGUGGCGGUGGUGCCUUGAAUGUGCAAGCGCGCCAGUUCAUUCCACAAGGGAACAAGCGCACGCGCGAAGAGGGCCCCGACGCCACUGCUGAUAGUGCAACCGGAGGCAAGAGAAUGCGAGGUGGCGGCGGCGGACAAGCUCGUGGUGGUGCUGGUUCUUCCUGA